GUAGGAAAUGGCUGCGAGAUCUGGAAGGCCUUGAGGCCCGCCGGGUUACACUUAUAGAACUCUGGUAUUCCUGUGAUGGAACAUGCUGUAAAUCCAGAAUCAUCAGUGGCAUUUAAAUCAGAGUCAAGUUUGGACAAUAUGGAAAGUAAUUCCCAAGGCUUGGAUGAUAAAGGUGACCCAAGCAAUGAUGAGGCUCCAAAAGCAAUUAAACCCACAAGUAAAGAGUUUAGGAAAACAUGGGGUUUUCGAAGAACUACUAUUGCUAAACGUGAGGGUGCAGGAGAUGCUGAAAUAGAUUCUCUUGAUCAGCAACCGCAGCAGCAACAAAGCCUCUCCCUUCGUCGAAGUGGGCGGCAACCCAAGCGAACAGAAAGAGUGGAAGAAUUUCUUACAACAGUUAGAAGGAGAGGAAGAAAAAAUGUUCCUGUUACCCUGGAAGAUUCAAAUGAACCAGCCUCCUGUCCAGUUACAGAUGUAGAAACUGCUUCUGAAGGGAGUGUGGAAAGCACUCCUGAAACCAAAACUGGUCAGAAGUCUGAUUCUAGGAAUGUUAAGAGUCAAUCUACUGUAGUUGCAAAAGGAACAAAAGAUGAGGAGGAGGAGGAGGAGGAUGACACUUCUGAUAGUGACAGUGAUGGAUUGACAUUGAAAGAACUUCAAAAUCGUCUUAGAAGAAAACGUGAACAAGAACCCUCUGAAUUGACCCUAAAGGGUAUACAAAAUCGCCUAAGGAAGAAACGUCGUGAAGAGGAUCCCACAGAAACUGUUGAUGUUGAGGCAGGUAACACCGUGGAAACUGAAGUGCCCAAUAAGCAAGAACCUGAAACAGUGGAUCAAGUACCUAUCCCCCAGGAGUCUAAAGAAGAACAGGAUAUUAAGUUGGAGGGGAAAGUUACUCCAGGAAUCAAAGAUGAAGAGCCUGAAGAACUAGUGAAGCGGAAACCUGAAUGUGAGGUUUAUGACCCUAAUGCAUUAUAUUGCAUAUGUCGGCAGCCUCAUAACAACAGAUUUAUGAUUUGUUGUGACCGUUGUGAAGAAUGGUUUCAUGGUGAUUGUGUAGGGAUUUCUGAAGCUCGUGGGAGGCUUUUAGAAAGGAAUGGAGAAGAUUACAUCUGUCCAAAUUGCACUAUUCUGCAAGUACAGGAUGAGACUGCUUCAGAAUCUGAUCAGCAAGAAGCUAAGUUUAGGCAUGAAAAUGCUGAUGGCACAGAACUAACAAGUAUAGGAACAAUAGAACAAAAAUCCAGUGAAGAUCAAGGAAUCAAAGGUAGAAUUGAAAAAGCUGCCAAUCCGAGUGGCAAGAAAAAGCUCAAAAUAUUUCAACCUGUUAUUGAGACUCCUGGUGCCUCAAAAUGUAUUGGUCCUGGUUGUUCCAGUGUGGCUCAACCUGAUUCAGUAUAUUGUAGUAAUGAUUGUAUUCUUAAACAUGCUGCAGCCACCAUGAAAUUUCUGUCUGCUGGCAAAGAACCAAAACCAAAAGUAAAAGAAAAGCCGAAAUUGAAACCCGAAAAAUGCAAUCUUCCAAAAUCUGGUGUUCAGGCAGGUAUUAAAAUUUCUUCUGUCCAGAAGAGGCCAGCUCCUGACAAAAAAGAAAACAUUGCAAAGAAAACUGUGGUGACGACACCUAGGAAUGAAGGACUUGUUAAGGAAACAACUUCAGAAAGCAGCACACCAUCCUGGGCAAGCGAUCACAAUUACAAUGCAGUAAAGCCAGAAAAGACUGCUGCCAUUUCAUCAUCACUGUUAUAUAAAUCCAUGAAAGAAGAGAAAAGGAUUGAAGAUAAAAUGGCCACACCCCUUCCAGUGACAAAGAAAGUCAUUCCUUCAACUUCAACUUCAACUUCUGUUGUUGGCAAACAGACCUCUUCUUUGCCUAGAAAUUUAGUUUCAAAGAAGGCCCCUUCUUUUAUUAAUGCUUCAGUUACUAAGCAAGCCAUUAAAAAUUCACCUGGAGGUUUCAAAGGUGUCAUCCCCAAGAAGUCAUGGUUGUCUGGCAGUCCAUCAGGCAAUGUUUCAAAUACCAAACAGUCAGGAUUGGCUUCUUCUUCUGCAGCAUCGGCUUCUAAAAAAUUAAAUGUUUCUUCUACAUUAGCUGGAGGGCCUAGAAAGCCAGUAACACCUACUGCUAGUUCUGCUUCCUCAUCCACGCCAGGAAAAUCAGGAGCUAGCCCUUCCCAGUCCCAACCUAAUUCUCAAAUUCGACAAAAUAUAAGACGAUCUUUAAAGGAGAUUUUAUGGAAAAGAGUCAAUGAUAGUGAUGACUUAAUCAUGACAGAAAACGAAGUAGGAAAAAUUGCUCUACAUAUUGAAAAGGAGAUGUUCAACUUAUUUCAAGUUACAGAUAAUCGGUACAAGAGUAAAUAUCGCAGCAUCAUGUUUAAUCUCAAGGAUCCUAAAAAUCAGGGACUUUUCCAUCGGGUUCUUCGUGAAGAAAUCUCUCUGGCAAAACUUGUGAGAAUGAAACCUGAAGAGCUUGUAUCUAAAGAAUUAUCAAUGUGGAAAGAAAAGCCAACAAAAUCUAUGAUGGAAUCCAGAAAUAAAUUACACAGUGAAAGCAAGAAGUCUGUCAUGAAACAGGAAGCCAUACCAGAUAUGGAAGAUUCUCCACCAGUAUCAGACUCAGAUGAACAAGAAUUAGCACGAGCCGUGCCUGAAAAAAGUAGUGCUCCUCUUCUUGAUGUUUUUAGUAGUAUGUUGAAAGAUACAACGAGUCAACAUCGGGCUCAUCUUUUUGAUUUGAACUGUAAAAUUUGUACAGGUCAGGUUCCAUCAUCUGAAGAUGAACCAGCCCCAAAGAAAGCAAAACUCUCUGCUUCUGUUAAGAAGGUGGAAUCAAAAUCUAAAUUUGACAGUUCUGGUUCUGGGCUAGUUACUAAUGUUGCUGAUGAGUUAAUAUCUGAAGCCAUAGUUGAAAAUACUUUGGAACCAGAAGUUGAAAAUAUUUCCCAAAUGAAUUUAGAAAGAAAUUAUUUUCCUGUACCACUGGGGCAUGGUAAUGUAGAACCCUCUUCAAUGGAAGAAAAUUCAUUAUAUCCCAUCUCCUGCUCUGCUGGGGUUGUCACUACUGUGACAGUAUCUGGUAGGGAUCCCAGAACAGCACUAAGCAGUUCAGCUACUAUCAAUACCUCAGCUUCACGUCCUGGCUCUGGCCCUCUGACUGACAAACUAUUGACUGGAGAAACAAAACAAGAAGUGCUAAAACCUAUUUUGACGUCCACAGCAGUACCAAAAUCCAUACUGGCCAAGCCCUCAUCUUUGCCAGACCCAAGAUACUUACCAGUUCCUCCAUCGCCAAAUAUUAAUAUUCCAGACUCACGAUCCCCUCAAGAAGGAGAUACUUCCCUCUUUCUCUCUCGUCUCAGCACCAUUUGGAAAGGAUUUAUUAACAUGCAAAGUGUAGCGAAGUUUGUCACUAAGGCAUAUCCUGUCUCUGGGUGUUUUGACUAUCUCAGUGAGGACCUGCCAGAUACAAUUCACAUUGGUGGGAGGAUCUCACCCAAGACUGUUUGGGACUAUGUUGGCAAACUCAAAUCUUCUAUAUCAAAGGAGCUAUGCUUGAUUCGUUUUCAUCCUGCAACAGAAGAAGAAGAAGUUGCCUAUAUUUCUCUCUACUCCUAUUUUAGCAGCCGUGGUCGUUUUGGGGUUGUAGCUAAUAACAACAGGCACAUCAAGGAUCUCUACUUGAUUCCACUGAGUGCUAAGGAUCCCAUUCCAUCAAAACUCUUGCCCUUUGAGGGACCAGGUCUUGAGUCACCACGUCCAAAUAUAAUACUGGGAUUAGUAAUCUGUCAAAAAGUAAAGCGACCUUCAAAUGCUGGAGAGUUGGAUAAGAUGGAAGAAAAAAGAAGCAAAAUUCAAACACAGGAAGAAAUUGAAGUUUCAGUCUAUCCCAAAGGAGUUACAUCUUCUCAGUCAGAAAAGAAACAAUCAAAAUAUCAGCUCUAUUCUGCAGAUGCUGGUGUUAGUACCACACCACCUGGAUCCCCACCUCCACCUCCACCUCCACCACCACCUCCUCCACCACCCCUCCCGGAUCCACCAGCAUCAUCAUCAGUAUUAAAAAUUUUGUCAUCACUUAAAACAGGGACUACAAACACCACAACUCCAUCAGUUUCAUCAGCAACUAUUACAACUACAACUUCCUCCCCUGGUAAUUCAUCUAGUUCAAAAACAGCUUCACCCCUAGAACACAUCUUGCAAACUCUUUUUGGAAAGAAGAAAUCAUUUGACUCGGCUACUAAGGACAAUGAACUUACUUCAACUUUAAACCAAGAAUCAAAGAUGGAUGAAGGCGUUCCAGCGACUCCUUUGUUAGAUCCAAUUGUCCAGCAAUUUGGCAAAAUGUCAAAAGAUAAAUCUCUAGAGGAAGAAGAGGAUGAUAGACCAUAUGAUCCUGAAGAAGAGUAUGAUCCAGAGAAAGCUUUUGAAACUCAAAUUACUGAAAGCGAAAAACGAUAUGACAUUGAAAAACCUUCUGAAUUAUCAGAGAAAGAAGAUGUGGCUUAUGACCCAGAAGAUGAAACUAUUUUAGAAGAAGCUAAAGUUACUAUUGAUGACUUACCCAAUAAAAUGUGCACAGAUAAUAAAAACUCCACAGAGAGGCCAUCUGAAUAUGUGACUGAUAUCUCUGCUCCCUCUUCCUUAGUAGAACAGCAAAAAAUGCUAGAAGAGCUAAAUAAGCAAAUAGAGGAACAGAAGAGGCAACUAGAAGAACAAGAAGAAGCACUUAGGCAGCAAAGGGCUGCAGUUGGGGUUUCAAUGGCUCACUUUUCAGUGUCAGAUGCAUUGAUGUCACCACCUCCAAAAUCAUCUUUGACAAAGACUGAAUUAUUUCAGCAAGAGCAACAAACUGCAGAUAAAUCAGAUUCAGCUUCAACAUCAAGUCAGUUAGCUCAUUCAGGAAACCAAAGUUCAGAUCUAAGACAAAGUAGAGAUCCACGACAGGCUAGGAGAAUAGCUACAGAGAAUAAUGAAAGUGAAAAUUUGCUAAAGCCACUAUCCAGUUCCUCACAUAGUGGGACACCUAUGAGAGAAUCUCCUGCAGUUGUUAAUUUGGGUCAAUUGCCUGCACCAUCACAAGAAGAAAAAGAAUUGAAUCCAGUUACUCAGUUGGUAUACAGUAAUGAUAAGUGGGUUCCAGGUGAAAAAGCUACUGUUAUUGAUCAGGAUGGACAAAAUGAUAAAAGUGAAAAUUCAGACAACACAGCCAAACAUCACUUAGAAAAUGCCCAUCCAUCAAUAUCAGAAGUUUCAUCUAAACCUUUGCGAAAAGUACUCCUUCCAACACCUCCCAAUACAUCUUUUCAACCAAAUUUCCCAGUGCAAAAUGAUGGGCAGACUUUUAAUUCACCAGCUGGAGCAAGCGGCCCUUUCUCAAAUACAGUAUUUUCAUCUCAGGAAAAAUCUCAUAGUUCAUCCCAAUAUGAAGAUAGGAGGAAUCCUCAGUUUUUGGAAAAAAAUGAUUCCUCAGCUGUUCAGGAUGAAGGAGAAAGAGGUUCACAAUCCAAACUUGAUGAUAACAGAGUUCUCUCAUUUCCUUUAUCUGGACAGAAAGGAGGCCCAGCUCAAUCACAGUUUCAGGGACAAAAUGAACCUACAUCAAGGAAUUAUGGAGCAACUUCAGGACCUCAUGGACCCAACUUUACAGCCCCAAGGGGACCAACACCUCAGUUUUCAGAAGAGAAUAAUUCUGGUACUGACGGUCAAAGAGGGCCUUCAUCUGCCAGGUUUGGGGGGCAGAAGGCACCUAUUCCUUCAUUAUUCUCUGGACAACAUGGACCACCUCCUUUUGGUGACAGCAGAGGUCCUUCACCUUCUUAUCUUGGUGGACCUAGAGGAGUGGCACCAUCCCAAUUUGAAGAUCGAAGGGAUCCCCAUGGAGAAAAAAGGGAAUUCCAAGAUUCCCAGUAUAAUGAUAUGACCAGCCCUCCACAGUUUGAGGGGCCAGAACAAUCUCAGUUUAUGGGAAAUAGAGGCCCGGCACCUUUCCCAUUUGGAGGACAGAGAAGACCUCUACUAUCUCAGUUUAAAGGACCCCGAGGAGGCCCUCCUCCUAAUCAGUUUGGGGGUCAAAGGGGACCACCACCUGGCCAUUUUGUGGGGCCAAGGGGUCCCCAUCCCAACCAAUUUGAAGGUCCUCGAGGUCCCCAUCCCAAUCAAUUUGAAGGUCCCCGAGGCCCAGCACCAAACUUCAUGCCAGGACCAAGGGUUAUUCAACCACAGCAAUUUGAAGAACAAAGAGUAAAUUCACCACCAAGAUUCGCAAACCAGAGAGGUCCAACACCCCUGCAGUUUGGGCCAAGAGGAGCUGCUCCAUUUUCAGAAAAAAAUGAACAGCCUCCUUCAAGAUUUCACUUUCAAGGGCAAUCUCCACAGGGUAUAAAACCUGCUCCAAGACCACUACUUGAACUUCCAAGCCAUCCACCACAACACAGGAAGGAGAGAUGGGAAGAAGCUGGUCCAUCUGCUCCUUUACCAACAAAUGUAUCUGGACAGGCCUCAGAAUCAGAAUCACAAUGGCCAUCAUCUGAUUUUCGAGAUGGCAAAAGUCAUGAAUAUAGAAAUCAGGCUUUUGAAGGGAGACAGCGAGAAAGAUUUGAAGGAGGCACAAAAGAAAAGUCAUCAGAUGAACCUGAAACUCAGCUCUCAGAAAAUAGACAAAGCAGAGGUUUUGAAGAUAGAAGAAGGGACCGAGAUCAUGGGAAACCUUGGGAAAGGGAGCGUGGCCGAAAUUGGAGUAGAGAUAGGGAAAGAGAUUGGGACAGAAACAGAGAUUGGGAAAGACACCGGGAAAAAGACUCUAAUCGAGACUGGGACAAAAAUAAAGAAAGAAAUCCAAAUAGGGAUAAAGAGAGGGAAUCGGAACGCAACAAGGAAUGGGAUAGGAACAGAGAGAGAGGCAGAAAUAGAGAUCGGGACCGUGAAAGGGACCGAGACAGAAGACGAGAUCGAGACAGAUCAAGAAGCAGAGACAGAGAUCGUGAUCGAACAAGAGAAAGGGACAGAGAACGAGACAGGGACAGAGAAAAAGAGAGAGAACGAGAUAGAGGAAAAGACCGUAAGGACAGAAGUAAAAGUAAAGAAAGUAGUAGGGAUUCAAAGCCAGAAGAGCAGAAAGAAGUUCAAAAACCAGCUGAAACAGAAGGUUCAUCAACUUCUAUUCAAACAUAAAUAUUUGAGAGUAAUUACUCCCCGUACUUAUGACGUGUGUGUGUGUAAAUAUAUAUGAAAAAGACUUCACAUGGGAUUUACCUGUAUAUACUCAAUGUUUGGGGGGGGGGUCUCUUUUAAAGCCAGCCUUACAAAAUGUGUUCAAGGAAAAUAGUUUCUGAAACUGCUAUGAAAUCAGAUGGAGUGGAACCAUUCUGGACUUCAACUUACUGUAAUUUUUUGUACAAUAUGUUUUCUUACGAAAUUUCACAUCUUUACAAUUCU